AUGCUGUCGGGGCUGUCCAGUUCAGGGAAGUGCUUGGCAAGGCUGCUCUCCCACACCUGGACUGCGUGGCCGCAGAGGAACAUUCGCAGCCCCGAUGCUCUCCAAACCUUGGAGGCAAAAAGCCUGGUCAAGAUCUCUUGCUUUUGGCAGCUGCCCGAAGGUGCCGCUGCUCGAAAACAUGAGGACGCGCAUAAUGAACUUGAUCCAGAAGCAUGGUGCUGGUGUGGGCUUGAGCUACAUGCUUUGCCUUGGACUGAACAUUUGCAUGUGCUUGAUCAUCAGCUGCGUGUCGUACGUUUGGACCGCGCAUGUCAGACCCAUAUCGCUCAUACCGUUUUCGGUAAACUCGAAGCUGCUUCCUUACUUUUCUGCUGUCUACGUGACCUAUGGCAGCUUGGCCUAUCCAUUCCAAAUGGCUGGGGCGGUUGCCUUGGCACCACUUUUUGCCAAUGGCAUGAGACAGCUGCGCAAGAGGCUCAAGCUAUCUAG